UUGCAUAUUAAUAUCGUAUUUAUUGCCAAAAGAGUUGUGAAUUUGUUUUGUAAAGUGUUUUCAAUUAAUUGUCGAUUGAAUUGUAUUUAAAGCGCUUUUAAUGCUUUCGUAUUCAUAACACUUUCACCCAUUCAUCCAUAGGAUUACCAUUGAUUGACAUUUCACAGCAAUUAUUGCUAAAUAAUUAGUCAUUUAUAUCGUACUCAAGUUUGAAAUAUAAGGCGUGAACGGAAAGGGGUUAAGGAAUAGCGGACAGUCAUGGAUAUCACACAAUAUAACACACGUGUAAUACAGGAGCCGCGAGGCAUGAUUCGCGUCAUAACAUUGGUAUUCGCCAUCCUGGCCUUCGCCACCACUUCGGGCUUCGAUACGAUCACGUCGUUCACGACGUCGUGCACCAGAUUUAACAAGACUUCGGGCAUCACUUACUCGCCAUAUUUCAAGGAGAAGUUCUCGUUUUCGGUGGAAUACCCGUUCAAAUUCGAGGACCAGGUGUUGAAGCCGUAUAUGAACUGUCAGAACGAGACGGCCACCCGUGAGAAGCAGCCCUACCCCAUGGACUUCUCCAGUAGCGCACAGUUCUAUGUGGCGACCGGUGUCUUAAGCUUCCUGUACUCAACCGCCGCAUUAGUGCUCUACAUCUUCGGUAGCCAUCACUACGAGACCAAUCCCUUGCUGGCAGUCAUUGAUUUGGCGGCCACUGGCGUACUCACCAUAUUCUGGUUGGCGGGCGCCUCUGCCUGGGCUGCCGGCGUCAGUGAUGUCCGCUAUUACACGAGUCCAUCGUAUCUGUGGAGUCAUUUGGAGUUCUGUAAGUCCGCUAACACGGCCGAGACGGCUAACCCCAGAGGCGAAUGCUAUGAGAGUAACCCCGGGAAGUGGACGUCACUUAAUAUAUCACUCAUUUUUGGUUUCGCGAAUAUAUUCUUAUGGGCGGCCAGUAUGUGGUUUGUGUUCAAAGAGACUCAAUUCCAUCGCAAACAAAUG